CCGGUAGCCCAGCCCUCUUUUCCACAUGUCUGGCCCCAAGACUCGGGCUGCUGACGUCAUAGCUGCGCAACCAACAUGGCGACAAAGUAACGCGAAAGAGAUGAUUGCUGUGCAAACACAAUGAGGGUCCUGCGUUGCUGCUUUGGGAUUCGUCGAAAGUGCAUCAUCUUUCCCCUCCUGCUGAUCCUCUUGGUCGGAGCCGCCUUGACAGCUCUGUUGCCCCCUGCCGAAGAGCAUGGAGGCGUGGUUGGGGUCCUGGGAGUGCUGCGCAGGGCGGCGCCGCAAAAGGGGAUCCCUGCUCAGGGUCAACUUGCAGACAUCUCAGAGGAGAAGAAGUUUACCGUCAUCAUCCAAACGUACAACCGCACAGACAUUUUGCUCAAACUCCUGAACCAUUACCAGGCGGUGCCUCAUCUGCAGAUGAUCGUCAUAGUUUGGAACAACGUCAGGGAGCAGACGCCGGCGAAGCUCUGGGAAUCCUUGGGUCCUCAUCCGGUGCAGGUGAUCUUCAAAGAACAGACGAGCAACCAGAUGCGAAACAGACUGCAACCCUUCCCCGAGAUUGCCACCGAUGCGGUCCUGAUGCUGGAUGAUGACACUCUUGUCAGUGUUCCUGACAUCACUUUUGCCUUUUCUGUCUGGAAGCAAUUUCCAGACCAAAUAGUUGGAUAUGUCCCACGGAAACACGUCUCGACCGCUGGAGGAGUUUACAGUUACGGCAGCUUUGAGCUGCAGAAUCCAGAAGUGGCCGGAGGCGACAUGUACUCCAUGGUUCUAAUCGGUGCUGCCUUCUUCCAUCGCCGCUACCUCCAGCUGUUCCAGGAUCAGCCAAAAGAAGUUCACGCCUUAGUCGACGAAACCCAGAACUGUGACGAUAUAGCCGUGAACUUUGCUGUUGCUCUGUAUUUAAGAAAACACUCGAAGCCGAGCACAGCCCACAGACCUUCUGGGAUUUUCGUCAAGCCCGUGGACCUUCGCAACCUCGAGAAAGAUGCCAGCAGUGGGUAUCAGGGAAUGUGGCAUCGUCCUGAGCACCUUCUCCAGAGAUCGUACUGUCUGAACCGGCUGACGCAGAUUUACGGCUUCAUGCCGCUCUGCUUCUCCAACCUCAUGGUCUCCCAGUUUGGUUUCCCAAGCUAUGCCAAUCACAAGAGUAGGGGAUGAAGAAGUUACACGUCGCUGUUUAGGGUUAAAAUAAGAGACUCAUGAGGAGUUUGGUUGGAUUGUUAAACUGGAAACACUUAAGAUGCCAAUCAGCUGAUGAUGACCUUAAGGCAGUUUCCAUCAUAGGGCAAUGAUGGGACCGCAGCAUAGUUGGAUGUCAAAAUCCAUCUUUGAUAAGGUCUUCUAGUGGAUUGCAAUGCACUGGGAACAACACAGUCUAAAAAUCUAACAGAAUUAUUUAUGGUAUUUUUUUAUGUACUUUUUUCCCUAAGGAAUCCAAUGCAUGCUUAGACAAUCAUUUAUAUAGUAAUUUUUGUAAUCAGAUGUAAAUUGGUUAAAUUAAAAAUGGUCUUUUCCUUAACACAAAUAGU